AUGUUAACUCAUGCAUUACCUGUUCAUGAUCAAUCUCUUGACCUCGUGAAGCGCUGUAGCUUUUUAUCAAAGCUUUUUAGUGUAGGUGAUUGUCAGUUUGGAGGUGGUGCUGGUUCUAAUUGUGAGGUUACGGGCUGUAACAAUGGUCUAACAUGUAAGUCUUUAGGGAAUGAACCUGCUAUUUGUCAAUAA